ACACAGGGACAGAAAAGGAGAGAAAAGUAAUUCUUAACGCUGAUCCUUGUAUGAAAUGUGUUGACUGAAGUAAGGAACUCUGCAGUUCUUUCUUUUCAACAUCACAUCUAUAACUGAGUCGAUCACUAUGAGGAAUGGUAUGAAGUUAUUGCUCUCUGUGACUGUACUGCUGUCCUUCACCACCACGAGGACAGGUGCUGUGGAGGAUCAUGACAUCCCUCGAGAGCUGAUGCAGGGCAGAGAAAAGAGGCAGCUUUCAGAGCAGACACUGAUCGUCACCACCAUUAUGCAAAGCCCAUUUAUCAUGGCCAAACCUACAGGAGGUUUAGAAGGAUUCUGCAUCGACCUGCUCCAAUUAUUUGCAGAAAGGUUCAAAUUCCGCUAUGAAAUCAAGCUUGUGAAGGACGGUUUCUAUGGAAGCAAAUUGGAAAAUGGCAGAUGGACCGGAAUGCUGGGGGAAUUGAUGUCAGAAGAAGCAGAUAUAGCCAUCGCUCCACUGACCAUCACCAGGGAGCGUGAGAAGGCAUUUGGCUUCACCCGUCCAUUCAUGUCUGUGGGGAUCAGCAUCCUGAUGCGUAAGGACUUCAACUCCCAGGGUGCCAAUCUUUUCCACUUCCUGAGCCCAUUCUCGGUUGAUACCUGGCUCGGGCUUUUCAUCGCCUAUGUGUUGACCUGCUUCUGCCUGUUCCUCGCAGCAAGACUGAGCCCCAAUGAAUGGAGUGAGCCUGAAGUUGAAAACAGCCGUUUCUCUCUGCUUGAUAGCUUCUGGUUUGGAGUUGGAGCUCUCACUUUACAAGGUGUGGGGCCACACCCCAGAGCUGUAUCCACACGUGUCAUUGGGACAAUCUGGUGGCUGUUCGUCAUAAUUUUCCUGGUAGCGUACAUAACCUUUUUUGCAGCCUCAUUGAGCUCAGAGCCUCAGAGACCACUCAUCAAAUCCUUCAACGACCUUGCAAAACAACGUGAAAUUGAGUAUGGCACAGUGUACGGUGGCUCAACAUUUGCAUUCUUCAAGCACUCAAAAAUUCCAGCCUACGCUAAAAUCUAUGAAACAAUGAACAGUAGAAGUGAUUCCGUCUUGGUUCGUACAAUGGCAGAAGGGGUGCAACGGGUGCUUGGCUCCAAUUAUGCUCUAAUUGGUGAAUCCUCGACAAUAGACCUGGCUGUUGCAGAGCACUGCAACUUAAUGAGGGUCUCAGACUUCGCAGCUGUAAGGGGAUAUGGAAUUGCUACUCGCCUCGGUGAUCCACUCAGAGACAAUUUAACUCUUGCCAUUAUGGAGCUUGAGGAGUCUGGAAGCCUCCAGCAGUUGAAAGCUAAAUAUUGGAAAUCUUCAUGUAGUGAUGAAAACGCAGCAGAAUGGAGUCCACUGAAACUAAACCAAAUUGGAGGCACCUUCCUCUUUCUAGCAAUUGGAUUAUCACUGGGCUUGAUCAUCGCCUGCAUUGAGUUGGCCAUUAAAUCAAGGAAAAAGGCUGAUCAAGAUAAAUCCUGUUGCAACAUCUUCACUGAAGAACUUAAUCUUCGGUUUAAAGAGAGAAGUGAGGCCAAUAAAAAAACCAAUGCCUGAGGACCACUCAACGAAGAAUGCUGUUUACUCAGAUGAUCCUAAUUGAUCCACUUCAAUUAUUUCUAACGCAAGUUAUAUGGAAAGCUGAAUCAAACAAUAUAUUAACGCUAACCUAGAAAAUUACAGCACAUAUAUGAACAUUUGACCUUAGAAAGGACUUAAUUAUGGCAUACAGCUAGAAAUUUGUAAUUGAAAGAUUGAAUUGCAUGGGAAGGUAAAUAACACAGGCUUUGGAAAUAGAAGGGGAGUCAAUGUGGACAUUACCUGCCAAUGUACACAUCAAGUAGGAAAAGUUUUCAAAUUAAAUUGUGUCUUGAAAGUGGGACCUAUAGCUACCUUUUAGCCUCUACUGCUUCAUCACUGUGUCAUACUGCACUGUAUGACUUGUUUUAAAUUGAGAAACCAAGAUAAUGAGCCAUGAUCCACAUGGUGGAAGGCAUCACCAAGAAUGAAAAGGAUACAAUUAAUGAAAUAAAUCAGCAAGUAAUAAUGAUAGAUCCCAGGCUUGGAUUACAAGGCCUGUAGAUAGCAGGAAGAAAGCAAGACUGAGGAAAAUGAGAAGUUGCAGUUAAAAGUGAGAUACAGCUGAAGGUAGUGUGAUGUGCUUCAACACUGAAAUCAAUGAAAUAAAAAAUGGACAGGAUUUAUAACAGAUGGACAACCCACUCCAGAAGAUUAUCAUGUAAAUUCACCUCUUAACCAAGAUCCAUGGCUCAGGAAAAUGGCAACUCGCAUCAGCACACAAGGCAAUUAAUCAGCCCCAGGAAUGCUGUCCAGGAAUAUGCCAUAGGAGUAAUAGUU